CGGUCACACCGCGAACUUUUCCCGCCCAAUCAACCCCACCGCCCACGACCGCCGCCGCCGCCGCGAUGGAGCUCUCCGCAGCCUUCGAGGAGCGCGUCCGGCAGAUGGAGGACGCCCGCAACCACCGCCUCGCCCUCCUCCACGCAGAGAAGGAGAUCCAGGCCGCCAAGUCCCGCAUCCUCGCCGCCAAGCUCGCAGCCGCGCGCCGACUCGAGCACCGACGCCUUUUCCUCGAGCGCCGCGCCGCCGACCUCGCCUCCCGGGCACUCGCCGCCCGCGCCGACAUCGACGCCGCGCGCUUGCGCCGCCUCGCCGUCGCCCGCGACCUCAGCUCGGUGAGGGACGAGAUCGAGGAGGCGGAACGGAGGGAGGAGGACUGGGACCGCUUCUACGAGGCCAAGAGGAAGGAGAUGGAGGAGUUCCAGGCAGUGUCGCGGCGGUUCGAGGCGGAGACUUGCGAGGAAGUGCAGAGGCUGAGGGAUUUGGUAUCUCAACUGAAAUCUACACUGCAAGAGCUGCAGAGCAGCGAGAUGUACUCAAACAACGCCGAUAUUGCUGCUGCGGAAGCCAGGAAGUCUGAUCUGACUGCCAAGAAGGCAAAACUGGACGAGAGCCUGGCUUCGGCCCGCCAGUUCAGAGCGCUGCUUCAGCAGCAGCUCCAGAAAGCUUUCCAGUCACAGGUUGGGGAUCAAAAGACAGCCCAAGCUACCAUUUGAACUUCAGGUCCAAUGCUGCAUAAGGAAAGCACGAGGACACCUGCGUCGGUACGCCCAGCGAUUUUCUUCAUGCUUGAUGCAUGCAUCGGGCUGUACAGGUGAAAGAAAUUUCAAAGGUACCAAGAAAUACAAAAUGUUUCAUUUCGGUUGUUCACCGAAUAACAUUUUGCCUAUGCCAGUAUCGUACUUUUUUCACGGCAAUGGAAGCCUGUUACUCAAUUGUUACUUGAUUGCAACGCUUGAUCUGAAUUCAGGAGGCUUGUGCCUUUACCAUGCAGCAAGCAUGCAGCCUGCUACUCGCCACAUUUGCUGCAGGAUCUUUGGCAAA